AUGACUAUUAUUAAGCACAUAGUCUUCCUCAGAGCAGUCGCAAUACGGGCUGUUAGUGGAAUCCUUAAGAUGAAGAGGAUACAUACGACUACCUCCCUGGGAAAAGAUACUUCAUCUGCAAAGACUACGAGAAUGGCGGGUUACAUUUCAUACAACCAUGGGUUAUGGGGGUGCAACAAGAGAUUGAGAGGCUCAAAGUACGGGUUCACGACCAUGAAAACCUUCUCAGAGUGCCAGGAACUUAAGGUGCAGGUGAGGAUGCUGGCUAUGCGUGUGUUCUGA